UAAGAAAAUAUUGAAAUUUAUUGGCCGUGCAUAAUAAAUAUACAGCUGUUUAGUUUUAUUUCAAGAAGAAAUUCGUGUCAGUGGCAAUUCAAAUGCAAGUGUACAAAGUUCAAUAAUGUGAAAUCAUCUGAGUAGUAUAGUUUUGCCGGUUUCAUCCACGUUUUUUAGUAUUAGUGCACAUGUACACACAUAUACACACACAUACACAUACAUUUUGUAGGUUCUGUCCAAACCGGUUUUGACUCCGCCCACAAAAACUUCACAUGCAUAUGUGAAAACUAGUUUUUUCAUAUGUAUGAGUAAGGCAACGGACCUGCUUGUCGUGUAUUUUGUUGUUGAAAACGUUAUGAGUGUGCCGUUGCUCUCUCUCCUCUCUCUCUUCUCUCUCUCAUGUGAAUAAGAAUUGGUUUUGAAUAUUUUUUUAAAGAAAAAAAUCUUUUGAUAUGUGGGAAUCGAACUCGAGAGUACUGUAUGCCAAAACCAAUUCUCUAACCACUGAGCUACAUCGGUCUUUACUAACUAUAUGAAAAAAGUUGGUAUUUCUUCGUUUCUGUAGUUUUUCUCUAGUUCGUAAGUUAUGCUUCCGUUGCAGUCGUUCUACCAUAUACGAAGGAACGAGACGAGAACAGCAGCGACGGCAUCAACGCACAUGUGUAUCCCAUGUAUUUUAUAUGGGCAACGUCUCUGUAGGUGAAUGGGAAGAGAGCGAAUGCGAAAAAAGUAUUGUAUCUACGAUCAUUCUAUUGUAUUCAAACCAAAAAAGAAACGAAUCCGAAAAAAGGUGCAAUUGCUUUGACAACUUAAUUACUUUUGAUUGCAUUGCUGUCAAUCCUGAAGCUCGUAUAAUUUACGUGUAUAUGUUUGUUUUGCUUUGUUCACGUUGUUCGCAUGUUGGCACUUAUGCAUCUAAAGCAUACGAACGAAUGAAAGAAGAAAAGAGAAAUAUCUAUAUAGAUAAAUGAAAUAGCAAGUGACGCCACUUUCGGUCUCGAAUGUAUUGGCGUUUUUAGUUUUGUAUAUGUUUCGGAAUGUGCACUAAAACAUAUGAGUAGCAACAACUUUGAUGCUGCUUAGAUUCAUCACUCUCUCUUUUAUUCUCAAUAUCGAGGUGAGUACACGUAUUGUGAAGAGAAAAAUCAUUUUUUUUGGUACAAACAACAUUCAACAAGUCCAUAUGUUACACCUAUUGAUUGCAUUUGCUAUUUAUUCCUUGGCGACACCGUCAAACAUCCCAUCAACUGAAUUUGCCAGUGGAAUUUCUCGUUUUUCUUCGAAUUUAUUCGAGCAAUGUAUCAAAUCAGCCCCAAAUGAAAAUGUGAUAAUUUCACCAUUCUCGAUCGCAACUGCAUUGGCGUUUUUAUCACAAGGAACCAACGGACGUACUUUUGAGCAAAUAAAAAAUUGUAUCAAUCCAAACAGUGACAAAACUUCGAUUGCAAACGAUUAUUUCAUUUUUUCCGAUAGGCUUGAAAGCGAUGCUGGCGAUGCAAUAUUUUCAAUUGUCAAUAAAAUCUAUGUGCAACAAGGAAUUGAAAUAAAAGAAAAUUUCCGGAAAGUUGCUAGUGAUAAAUUCAAAUCAGACGUUGAAUCGGUGAAUUUUGCGAAUAAUGUUGUUACUGCUAAAACAAUCAAUCAUUUUAUCGAAGAAAAGACAAAUGGAAAAAUUAAUGAACUUUUCGAAGCAGACGCAUUUUCAUCGGAUUCUCGUGUUGUUUUGGUAAAUGCCAUUCACUUCAAGGGCGAAUGGCAACAAAAAUUCUAUGAAACAAGCACACACAAAGCCGACUUUUAUGUGAAUGACACCACAAAAGUUUCAGUCGACUUUAUGAAUUCUUUUCGUAAAUUCUUUAAUUUUGUUGAUUUACCGGAAUUCGAUGCAAAAGCGCUUCAAAUGAAUUAUGCAAAUUCAAACUUUUCGAUGGUAUUCCUUUUGCCAAACACUCCUUCAGGAUUAACAGCAAUGCAAUCAAAAGUAAAGGAUAAUUUGGAGCCAAUAAUGAAUCAAAUGACAUCGCGAGAGGUCAGAGUUUCAAUUCCAAAAUUUACCACCGAAUUUCAAAUUGAACAUCUACCAAAUGUUCUAAAGAAUAUGGGUAUGACUGAAAUGUUUUCCGAGUAUGCUGAUUUAAGCGGUCUUACAAGCGAACCGGUGACAGUGGCCGAUGUAGUUCACAAAGCUUACAUUUCAGUUUCCGAAGGAGGAUCAGAAGCAGCUGCCGCCAAUGGUGUUCUUAUCAUUGGAAUAAGUAAUAUUCCUCCGUUCAAUGAGGCAACCUUCAUCGCAAAUCAUCCAUUCAUGUUCUAUAUUGUGGAUAACAGUAGCAAAGCCAUCAUCUUUACCGGUUUGAUUAAAAAGUUUAACUGAAUUGCGUAAACCAUAGAUAUAUUCAUACAGACAAAAAAAAAUACAGUAUACUGUAACAACAAUUUAUAAAUUGUUGACAGUAUGUGGCAAGCGUACAGUUAAACAUAUAAUCAGUAAAACUCAAGACAAUAUUUUUAACUGAAAGUGUAACUCAACAUAUUCAUUUUUGAGCUGGAAAUACUUCAAAAGGCGAGUAUAUCUCUUGACAAGUGUGCGAGUAGUAAAAGGAGAGUAAGUCAUAUUUCACUUACUAAAUUUAUGAAAAGACAUGCUCUCCAUUAACGAUUUUUUCUGUGCAAAAACAUACACCUGUUUAUUGUACUACAAGUCAGAAAAACAUACUCUCCUCUCGUCAUAUUCGAUAGAAAUAGAACUCGUAUGUAUGGAUUCUUUUCGACGAAUAGGUUAAUGAAAGAAAAGUAAAAAUUAAAAACGAUUGGAAAUUUCAGUGGAUUUUGAAUUUAUUUAUGAAGAAACUUUUGAUUUAUUUUCGAAUUGCAAUUGAUUUAACAGAAAAAAAUGAAUAGUAAUGGUGUAAAAAUAAUAGAAAUGUUCUUUAUCGGCAAAUUAAAUAGUUUUCAUGGCACUUGUUUCUGUAUGCACUGAAAUAAUUUGUCGACAAUGAAUACAAUGUAGUUUUAUGAGUUUUGAAAAAUAUUCAGCUUAUUUGAAUGAAAGCACGUUCAAAUUUCGCUUAAUUUGCAAAACGACGCUUUUCCUUCUGAUCUAUCUUUCUAUAUUUGUAUGUUGACAUUGCAACAACAGGCGAUAAAACAAGUUCCAAACAUUCAAAUAUCAAAUAAAAUAAAAUAAAAUAAAAUAAAACAAAAAUCAUAAAGAGCAUGUUUCAAACGCUUAUGGUAAAAUACCCCACUGAAACAUUCGAAUGAGUGUUUGCGUAUGUGUGUGUUCAAUGACAACUGCCAAAUUCUAUCUACUGUGAACCAAUGAGAAUAUAAUGUAAAACCAUAAGAACAAAAUGCAACAUUUAGUGAUGAUUUUUUUUUUCUGAAAAACUUAAAAUAAUAUACUGUUUAAUUUCUUUUCUCAAAAAAUACAUAAUUCGAUUUAAAAUAA